GAUAAGUUUUUGAUUUGAGAAUCUUUAUGUGGAAAGAUGUGCUUGUGCUUGGAAUGAUGUGCUUGUCGACCCACCUGUAUUUGGGUUGCCUGUGUAUCUCGUGGUAAAGUGACGUCACGAUUGUGCAACAUGCUUCCCUUCGAGUCGAGUGUUAGACAUAGUUGACGAGAAAUACGACCAUAUAAUAUCUUAUCCAUUGUAGGACAGACAAUAUAGAAACUACUGAAAGGUUUAGAUAUAAUCAAAGAAUAGGUAUGCAGAGUUUGGUGGCGAGUGUUUCGUGCCAUGCUUCAACAGUACCGUUAAAAUCGAACCACGUUGAAUCGCAUGGGGAUAAAAAGAUGAGUUUGGAAAGCAAAAAACCAUCUUUUCUUCCUUUAAAACAGAAUACAAAUCUAGUGCAGAAGCCAGUUAUUAGCACAAGACCUCUUCAAAAGCCAGAGAUACCAGCUUGUAUUGAGGCCUGUGAUGUUAGCAGUCUACUGGAUAAGUUUCUUGAGUAUGAACUGAACCAAAAUGGUACUGCCAAUAAGAUCAAGGAUUCAUCUGUUGCUCUUACUCCAGUGUCAUCUCCGAGCCAUAAGAAGAGUUGCAAUUUGACUGAAGCAUUGAAUGCUAACAAGAAACCUUGCGAAUCAUCACCAAUAGGUCUAACUCCACCAGUGAGUCCACCCUCCAAUCAAAGCAUUCCUUCAGCAGCCAAGUAUAUAGUUAUACCUAUAGUUAUACCUAUAGUUCCCUCAACUCCAGUUACAACACGUGAUAAAAGGAAUGUCCCUCCCACUUCGCCCACCGGGACAGUGAAUGAGAGUAAAAAGCAGGACAGAAAUACAAUAAUUGGUACCUCCAUGGAGAAGGUUACAUCAAAUCGCAAAGCUCCCAGUAAUGCCACAAUUAUGAACAAUAUAAAAAAUAAAACUGAAAUGCAUCGUAUAACUAGGCAGAAUGUUUCCAGUAAAAGUAAGAAUGACUUCUAUCAUGGUAAUAAAAAUGUUGGUGAAGAACCGACAACAAAUUGUGACUCAGAACAAAAGACAAGCUCUCUCCAAUUUUUACAAGAAAAAGAGAAAAAAAUCCCAAAAUCUAGCACGGGUUCUACAGUUGACAAAAGAGUUAAUGAUGAUGGCUAUAAAAAAUCGAAAAGAUGCUACAGUUCAGAUGAUGAUGAUGAUAAUGAUGAGAAAGAUUAUUAUGACUACAAGAGAAAAAAAUAUUAUACAAGAGAUGAGUGUUAUUGGUCAACAUCUGAAGAUGAAAGUGAUGGGGAAAUAAGGCAGUACCCUUCAAGGAAACUAGGGCGCAGAGAAAAUCAUCACAAAAGAAGGCACAGGUCACAUAGUAGCUCUAGUGAUUCAGAUGACAAUCAUAGCACAAGUGGUAAAUCUAGAAGUUGUACCUUAAAUUAUGAACAACAGAGAAGAAAAGAUGCAGAAAGCAAGAAAGAAAACUGUAUCCAAAAAGCUCCCGUUUAUGACAUUGAAAUGGAGCGCAAAAAGAACUUCAAGCUGGACAGGAGUUUCAAGGAAACUGCUACUGAAAAGCGAAAAAUAGUCUAUAUUGGCAACAUUGAGGAGUCAAUGUCGAAAAAUGAUAUAUGGAGGAGGUUCAGAGAAUAUGGACCAAUUCAGAAAGUCACUGUGCAUUACAGAAAUGAUGGGGAUAAUUAUUCAUUUGUGACAUUUGUAGAUUCAUCAUCUGCCCUUGAGGCAAUAGAAAAAGGAAAUAAAGAUCCAGAUUUAAAACACCUGGACAUAUGUUUUGGAGGAAGACGAAAAUUCUGUGGUGGCAGCUAUGUGGAUUUUGACUCCAACACAAGUUAUUUGGAAGAAAAGCAAAUUAAUGGUGAUGUUGCAUCAUCUCAAUCCAAGACUGAGGAGAUGGAUUUUGAUGCUCUUCUUAAAAUGUGUCAAAGGAAGUCUAGAUGAUGUAAUCAAGUUACACUAAAAACAAAUCUAUUUCCCAAAUAAUUUUUUCCAAGAAAUAAAAUGAAAUAAUCCAAGAAAAGUGCACUUAGUAUCAUAACCUAAAUUGCAUAAGAAAAUAUCUAGAAUUUUUCCAAACUGAAUGAAAAUUAACAAAUGAAUUCAGUUCAAUGAGUUCGUAUAUUAAAAUUGUUGAAUUGUUCAAUUGAAAUUGUUUUGUUAUCAAGAGUUAUUAUCUUUAUGAUAGGUAAUUAUUCUUAACACUUCCUGUCAAUAGGAAAGUAUUUUAAGCUAGCACAUUGAUUCCAAUAUUUACUCAAAAUCUUCAUCCAAUUACAUGUAUUAUACAGCCGAUUACAAAACAUAUUCACUAGUGAAUCACAAAAUAUGAAUGACAGAGUGAUUCUAUUUGGCCCAUGAAAGAAUCGUAAGCUGAAUACAUGAUAGUAGACACUUGUUCCAUUUUUCGUUUUACUUCAAGCAUUACUCCCUGGCUAAAUGAGGAAACAUUUCCAGAAACAUGACAGAUUACCAUUUGCAUGCUUUCUAAUUGUUCCCAGUUCAACCAUGUGAAAAACAUUGCUACACACAACCAAUUUUGCUUCCAAGAAACAUUUUGUUUCGUUGCCAAGUGGAAACAAUGUUACACUGUUUCAUGACAGUUGAGCCACCUUAGGAAACAAAUGAAUAUUUUUGGAAACAUGUUUCCUAGUUUAGCCAGGACCCUAGAUACAAUAUACAACAUCGUUUCAUUAGCCAAGUAAAAUCACACUUGCGUGGUGUAUAAUAUUAUAUAAUGCUUUCCAAUGAUACACCAUGGAAUAUCCCACUUGUCUUUUCUUGUAGCACACCUGCUUGAGGACUUGUGAGUACACAAAGAUUAUACAAAUGACUUGUGGGAUAAUCCAUGGUAUGCCAACUAUUGUGUAACUAGAAUGUAUCCAGGGUGUUCAAUAGUCCAUAUACAUGUAUUGAGAAUUAAAGCCUUUGCUUCUGCCCAUUCAUCCUGAAGCAAAUCAAUGUGAGACUGGAUGGGCAAAAAUCUAUUUUUCCAGCUAAUAUGGCUGCUGUGUGAGAAAGGCCUAUUGUCUUAUUCUAGACUUGUGGUUCUAGAGUUCACACUUUUUGUAUUUAAAUCACAGAAUAGCUACAUUUUAUAUAUUAUUUGGUGUGUUACCAAAGCAAUAUACAGUGGGACUACACCAAGCAAGGCCAACCAGACAAGUUUUCAUACAAAUUUUUUUGGUUGGCCUUGGAUAAUAAAGUCACACUUGUAAUCUUACAUUGAAAAAAUGCAAUGUAUUUCAAAACUAUAAAUGGUCAAUAAAUCAUUACAUUACCUCA